GUUUUGGUCGUGCGAUUGGGUCAAAAAGUCACAAAGAUCAAAAAACAAACAAAAUCAAAACAACACCAAAAUUUGGCUGCCUAAAUUGAAUUGAACUGCUACCACAUCAAAUUGAUUGGGAUAGUAUCAGUCAGGGGUAUAAUCAAUCAACAACAUCCCGUAGACUAGACAGAGUGAUCGUACCCAGAGUCAGUCCAGAGAUGUCUCAGCCCUCAUCGCUCUUAAGAAAGAGUUCAGGGAAAAGCUUGUCUGUAGCAUCGGCUACCAGAUCAUCAUUACUAGGAUCAAGAAGUAUCUUAGAUGUACUAAACAAUAAUAAUAGCAAUACUGCUAAUAAGAGAAGAUCUAUAUUGGGGACUCCUGCUUCAACUAAUAGACGAAGGCAGAGUUUGUCUACUCAGCAAUUGUUUCCUACCUCAUCACAACCAUCUUCAUCUUCUCAACAACAAUUGCAACUGCAACUGCAACAAACCCCACAACCAUCACAAUUCCAAUCAAGAUCUCAAGUAAUACCUUCACAACAAUCAACCCCUGUAAUAGAUCAAAGACCAUUGAAAGAUAAAAACUAUCAAUUACUAAUUCAACAAGAGAUUUAUGACUUUUUAAUAACGAACAAAUUUGAACUAGAAAUGAAUCAUACCAUCACUACAAAGACGUUAAAACAACCUACCCAAAAGGAUUUCACUUUCAUAUUCAAAUUCUUAUAUAAUAAAAUCGAUCCCUAUUAUGAAUUUAGUCGAUCAGUUGAAGUUGAUGUAUUCCCAUUACUUAAAGUUCUAAAUUAUCCUUAUUUGGAUAGUAUAAAUCGAUCUCAAAUAAGUGCGGUUGGAGGUCAGAAUUGGCCAUCAUUUCUUGGAAUACUAUAUUGGUUGAUUAAAUUAAACUUAUCCAUUCUUAAUCUUGAUAUUGAUGAUUCUUUAAUCAGUCCUGAUGAUGAUUUUGAUCGGAUAUUUAUUAAAUAUAUCAGGGAUUCAUAUAAUGAUUUUAUAAAUGAACGUGAUGAUUAUAGUGAAUAUUAUAAUGAAAUGCAAAUUGAAUUUGAAAAAUUAAAUGCCAAUUUAAAUAAUGAUAUCAAAGAUUUACAAGAAGAAAAUAUUAAACUUCAAGAACAAUAUGAAGAAAUCAAUAAUCAAUUACUUGAAUUACAACAAGCUGAAAAGAAAUCAUUGGCUUUAGAAGAUGAUGUGAUUAAAUUCAGAGCAUAUAUAGAAACCAUGGAAUCAAGAAAAUCGAAAUGGUCUGAUAUUAUCUCCAAAAUUAAAGAUGAAAUAGUGAAUCGAGAGCAUGAAGUUGAGUCUAUAGCCGAAUCUAAAAAAGAAUAUGAAGCUAAAAUAUUACAACAAGGUAUAACUAUAAAUGAUAUUAAUACUUUGAAUAUUGAACGAGAUAAAUUAUCUAAAUCUAUUGAUAUCAUAACUGAUAAAUUAGAAGAUGUUAGAUUGGGAUUAAAUGAUAGAGAAAUUGAAUUAACUAAGAAUUAUCAAAGUUUACAAAAUUUCAUUAAACAAUAUAAUAAUUUAAUUCAAAAGAUUAAAUCUCCUGAUUAUAAUUUUGAAAUUAGAUUAAAUGAAAAUAUCAUAGCUCCAAGUAUUACAUCCACAUCUAAUGUUAAUUCAGAUGUUUCAUUUAAUAGUGAUAUGAUUAUUGAUAAAUUAUUAAAAGAUGAAAAGAUUGAAUUAUUAAAAUAUAGAUCAACAAUAAAUACUAAAAUACAUCAAUAUCAAGAUGAACAAAUCAAAGUUCAAGAACAAUAUGAUUUGAUCAAUGAAAGAAUACUGGAACAAACUGAAUUCUUAGAUGAAUUAGGUAGUAAAUUAACUGCCAAUAAAAUGAAUUAUGAUGAAAUUUAUGAAACAAUGAUUAAUGAUUCCACCACAUAUUCAACUCAAAUUGAAAAAUUAGAGAGAGAAUUAAGAUCAAUAAAGAUUAAUUCCACGCAAGGAUUUAUUGAAUUAGAAAAUCAAUAUCAAAAUACCCUUAUUGAACAUGAUGAAGUAUCACAUACCAUUCAAAAAUCAAAGAAGGAAUUAUUUGAUAAAUGUUGUAAAAUGGCUGAAUUUAUCAUGAAUUUUAAAUUAAAUAUUCAAACGAAUUUAUUAGAUCUUGAUGAUUUGGCAGUUAUAGAGUUGGAAACAGAACAGAAGGAAUUACAGUAUAGUGCUGGUAAUCAUGAUAAUACCCGAUAAACUCUACAUCGUAUAGAACUUAUAGAUCAGGUUUCUAUUCUAUGUAUGUAUGUAUCUAUAUAUAUAUUUGUACAUAAUGUAUUACUAUUUAAAUUUUUAGA